AUGAAAACAGAGCAGGAGGAACUGGUGGUCGCCAAGCCUGAUGUGGGACCACAAGGAACUGGCGGGGGAACCCCUGAUGCCUACCAAGGGGGAACAAUUGGACAACCCCUAAGUUCGAUGAAAACCCAGAGCAUUAAACAGGAACCAGAAGAGGGGUCAUCAUUGCAGUGCUGGGAAACCCAGUGGCAGGAGUUUCUCAAAACCGUGCAGUCUCCUCAGCCCGGAGAGAGAAUUCCACAGCCACCAGCAUCUGCAUCAUUGGCUGAUACAUCUGUAGCCCCCUUUGAGGGAGCAGCACCCAGUGGCCAACAGGCUCAAGACAAGGGUGAGGCCAGACACCCAUUGGCCUUUAAAGGAAUAGCCCAACAAGCCAACAGCAUGCUGGAAUCAGCCGGUGCUCAAGCCGCAGAGCUCAAGACUGAGGAGGCAGUCACCUUGGAGACAAGAUGUCGGCGCUUCAGGCAGCUUGGCUACCAGGAGGCUGAGGGGCCCCGGGAGGUUUACGUCCGGCUCUGUGAGCUCUGCCACUGGUGGCUGAAGCCAGACACACACACCAAGGAGCAGAUGCUGGACCUGGUGAUCCUGGAGCAGUUCCUGGCCAUCCUGCCUUUGGAAAUGCGGCUGUGGGUGGAAGGAGGCAGUAGCGAGAGCUGUUUCCAGGCCGUGGCCCUGGCGGAAGACUUCCUGCUGAGGCAGCAAGAGGAUGAAAAACCAGCAUGGCAGAACACUGGACCUGUUGAAAAGGUGGUUGUGUCUUUCCCUAAAGAAGAACAUUCUCUGGGAGAUUUGGACCAGAGAGCCCUUCACGGGGAAGUCGUGCCAGACAAUGGUGCUAACAAAACAUCUUCGGAUUAUUUGCAGCCAAAUGAAUGCACGGAUGCCAAAAAUCCACUGGAAAGCUCCAUGAAUGUGGAACUGUCGCCAAAGACCUUCCAAAGGCGAUCAACAGGGAACGCUUUUCGAGGUGAAGAAGUGGGAGAAUCCACCAGGAGUCAACGGAAGUCAAGGAGGCAACAGAAAAACCACACCAAAUCCAGGAUGAGUAAGCCAGUCUCUUGUAAGGACCAUCUUCUGCGGCACCAGCAAAUCCACAUGGCCAAAAAAACGCACAAAUGCUCUUACUGCGGGAAAGCUUUCAGCAGCAGGUCGCACCUGAUUAUUCACGAGAGAACCCACACGGGGGAAAAGCCCUACAACUGCUCCGUUUGCGGGAAGAGCUUCAGCCGCAAUUCUCACCUCAUCGUCCAUCGGAGGACUCACACCGGGGAGAAACCGUACAAGUGCUCCUUCUGCGGCAAAACGUUCAGCCACAGUUCUCUCCUGAUCAAACACGAGAGGACCCACACCGGGGAGAAGCCCUACGAGUGCUCCUACUGCGCAAAAAGCUUCAGGCAGAGGUCGUGCCUGACCAUCCACGAAAGGACACACACAGGGGAGAAACCGUACAAGUGUUUGGUCUGCGGGAAGAGCUUCACGUGCAAUUCGCACCUCGUGGAACACGGCCGGACCCACACGGGGGAGAAGCCGUACAAGUGCUCCGUUUGCACAAAGAACUUCCGGUGCAAUUCGCAGCUGGUCAGGCACCAACGGACCCACACGGGGGAGAAGCCGUACAAGUGCUCCGUCUGCGGGAAGGCCUCCAGUUACAAGUCGGACCUGAUCAGACAUGAGCGGACUCACACGCGGGAAAAGCCGUAUCAGUGCUCUGAGUGCGGAUGGGGCUUUCUUUGGAAAUCCCAACUUGUCAGCCACCAGAGAGUACACAGUGAAGAGAAACGCUGGCACAGGCCUCCAGUGACUCUGAGGGAAGCUCUUGUCAUAACUCAUGUCUUAUGAUUCACAGAAG